AUGGCCAACCCACGUGUUGAGGAGCUCCCCGACGAGCCAGAGAAGAAGGACGCACCAGAGGUUGAGGACGAGUCCUCGGAUUCUGAUGAGGAGGGUGGAGAGGCCAACAUCCCAGCUGGUGCUCAGGUCGCUGUGCACAGCAGGAACGAGAAGAAGGCGCGCAAGGCCAUCGCGAAGUUGGGUCUGAAGCAUGUCGAGGGCAUCACUCGGGUCACCUUGAGACGGCCAAAGAACAUCCUCUUCGUCAUCAGCCAGCCCGACGUCUACAAGUCGCCUUCCAGCAACACUUGGAUCAUCUUCGGCGAGGCCAAGAUUGAGGAUCUCAACUCGCAGGCUCAGGCUUCUGCUGCCCAGCAGCUUGCCGCCCAGUCUGCCAACGAGGCCGGCCACGACCACUCCGCAGACGGCGCCGACAAGGGCAAGGCCAUUGAGGGUGAUGCGUCGAAGAAGGCUGCCGAGGAGGAAGAGGACGAUGGCGAGGAGGUCGACGACACCGGUCUUGAGGCUAAGGACAUUGAGCUUGUCAUGGCUCAAGCAAGCGUCAGCCGCAAGAAGGCUGUCAAGGCACUCAAGGAGAACGACAACGACAUCGUCAACAGUAUCAUGGCGCUGAGCAUAUAG